AGCGAUCGCCGAAGAAGAAAGCGGAAGGAGUUCAGCGGUACGGGUAAGGGAAGAAGGUGAAGCCGUGACAUUGCGCGCGCGCUUGCGCUCUCCCCUUCCCCUGUACACGGUGUAUUUUCAACGGUGCACCUACGUCGGCUGUUGUCCCGCUCGUGAAUACCGGGGGAUCGAUCUCGAACGCGCAGUCAGUGCGGAGUGAAUUAAUUUUUUUUGUUUUUUUUCUUCUCUUCUCUUUUCUUCUUUCAAUCGAAAACCAACGGGGAGCACCGCCAUGUGUUACGUCCGAUAAGCGCUCCUGACCUCUGACCCCGUCGAGACAUUUUUCCCUACGACUCGUGCGAUUCGUCAGGCGUCCUCAGUGAUCGUCCGACGAUCGACCAUCGGACCGACGAUCGAACGCCGCACCCGACGGACGCGUGAAAAUGGCUUUGACUUGUUGGGAAAAAAUCACGAUAGUAGUCGUAGCGGCUGUCGGACUGAAACUGUUCGUAAAGCUGGGCGGUUUGGCGUGGAAAAAAUUGUUGGCCCCUAAUCUGGGCCUCGGUUUGGACGUGGCCUCGCAGGGCCGGUGGGCCGUCGUCACCGGCGCGACGGACGGUCUCGGCAAAGCGUUCGCCGAGGCCCUGGCCGCCAAGGGUCUGGACAUCCUGCUGGUCUCCAGGUCGCUGGCCAAGCUCGAGCAGGUCUCGUCGGAGAUAAAACAGCGAUUCGGCAUAGAGACGCGAAUCCUCGAGGCCGACCUGACCCAGGGUCAACCCGUCUACUCCAAGAUCGCCACCUGCGUCGAGGACCUCGAGGUCGGCGUGCUGGUGAACAACGCCGGUACGAGUUACGAUCAUCCGGAGGUAUUCACCAAUCUCCCCGAGGAAUCCAUAGCGAAGAUUCUCCAGCUGAACGUUGCCGGGGUAACGGGGGUGGCUCGCGCCGUUCUUCCCGGUAUGAUGGAGAGGCGCAAAGGCGUCGUUAUAAACAUCAGUUCGACCGCGGCGGCGAUACCGAGUCCCUAUCUGUCGGUUUACUCGGCCAGCAAAGCUUACGUGGACAAACUCAGCGCGGAUCUGGCGGCUGAAGCUGCGCCCCGAGGUGUUACGGUCCAGUGCCUCCUCCCGGGACCCGUGGCGACCAAAAUGUCAAAGAUCAAGAGAGCGACCUGGAUGGCGCCGACACCGGAGAGGUUCGUCGAGGCCGCUCUGAAGAGCGUCGGGAUCGAGUCGAGGACCACCGGAUACCCGCCGCACUCGUUGAUCAUAGGGGCGGUGGACGGUUUGAAAAGCGUAUGCGAAAAGGCGGCGAUCUGGUUGGUGGCCAGGACUAUGCUGAACAUACGCGGCAGGGCGUUGCGCAAGGAGAGGAGAGACGAAACCACGAGGGCGAACGCCGCGGUCGUCGAAAAUCUUCCCCGGAGAGAAAAACUCACCACGUCUACCGAGUGACGUGCGCGUUUUUCCGAUCCUGCUGCGACGCGUUUUUUUUUUUUUUAUCUUACCCCCCGCCCUACCCCCUUUUUCUAUACACAAAUAUUGUCCUCCAUUUGUACAUUAUUAUUCGUUUACGUAUUGGCGAAAUAAACCGUUGUUAUCGUU